AUGUCACACCAUGAGCUUAAGUGGUUCAGCAACUACUGCACUGCUCUGGUAGCCUUCAUGCAGGCGGACGCCGACGAAAUGGGUGGAAGUGGGGGAUUGGAUCUCACUCAGUCUCUCAAGCCUCCUAAGUCCCUUUUAUUGGAGGUUCGCUGUCUUAAGGACUACGGGGAGUUCGAAACAGAGUGUGGUAAGGUAAUCAAUCUCACCAAGGGCAGUCAGCAUCAGAUGUUCCGCAGUGACUGCGAGAGUCUCAUUCUACAGGGUAUCUUGCAGCACAUCAUUGAUUGA